CUUGGAGGCCACCGUCAGUGGAUGUUCUCACCUUCUCGGAAGCUUGCUCAGGGACUCAAUUUGAUUUCAAAACAACCUAACAGCAUCCAGUGAUAAUAGUAGCGCGUCUCGCACCCAUCCCUCAUGGGGAAACUUAUCGACUGAAUUGACGCUCAGGAAGAAAGCAAUAGAUACCCUCAGUGGCAGCUUCUGUUACCCAAACCCACUGUAGCCGCCCACUCCUUCCGCGGGGAUUCGGUGUAACAGGGCAUCCUUUGAGAAAUAUGGCACACAGCACUCAGUGGUUGUUAAACACCGACCAUGCCACAGGCAAUAUCCAAUAAAUUGACAUGUCAAGGUUAGAGCGCAAGCAAUAAACAAGACAGGGAAUCAGUUCAAUAUCCUAUCAUGUCAUCAGGCGCCGACACAUCAUUGCUGCGGACCCCAGCGCAAUGGGGGAGGCAGUUGACAUGUUCGCAGAAGCAAGAAUAGGCGAUCACGUUGCGAAAUCGAAUCCAAUGGCUCUACAAUAUUCGAAGUCAUGCCAAGCGGAGCGGAAGGGUAGGUCGAAACCGACUGCGCUUUGGUACAUGGACCCCGCGCCGAUGUUGACGAAGGCGCCAAGCUGGCAGACAAAGUAAUCAAACGACAGCUGUCCAUGCUAAAGCCAGGGUUGUUAUCUAUCAUUGGUCUGGGGGCUCCCGGGAUCGAGUCAACGACGAGGAAGAGUUUUGUUCCGAGUCUUGUUCAUUCAU